UGUUGGUAUUUUCAUUCCAAGAUGUUGUUCAUUGUGUUAAGUUUUAUUUUCCUCUUAGCGGGAUUUAUAUAUUUGAAAUAUAAAAGUGAAUAUUGGAAAAAACGUGGAGUUGUCCAAUCUAAUUUUGUUUUGUUCAAAUUCAUUUGGAGUAAUCGAGCGCUUCCGGAAAUUUAUAAAAAUGUAUACGAUGAAUAUCACAAGGAGUCUUACGUCGGAACAUUUCUCGGAUUAAAACCAGCUCUAAUUAUAAAAAAUGUUCAAGACGUUCAAGCGGUGAUGCAAAGUAAUUUUGAGAAUUUUCACAGUCGUGGAAUCAAUUUCAAUCCAAAUGAUCUUUUGGCGGAUAACGUUUUGUUUAUAGAUGAUUAUCGUCGUUGGAAGCUAUUGAGACACAAGCUGUCUCCGGUUUUUACGAGUAUGAAAUUGAAAAAUAUGUUUUACAUAAUGGAAAGGUGUGCUCGUGAUUUUGUUGAAUUCGUUAACAAUGAACCGGAUAUAUCUGGAAAUUCCUUCAACGCGUUAUACACUUACACUACAGCAAGUAUUGCAGCAUCUAUAUUUGGUAUCGAUACACAUACACAGAAUACUAUGGACUCACCAUUUUUGAAAAUGACUCGUGAAACAACAGAGCCAUCUUUUGCCAAUAAUCUAAAAUUUUCUCUUUCCAAUUUUUCGCCGACUAUAUUUAAUUUGUUAAAUUUAAAGUCGUUUGGUAAAUAUGAAGAUUUUUUCAUUAGUUUUGUGAAGAAUGUAUUAAAAAGUCGAAGGAACGAAGAACAAAAGCGUCACGAUUUUGCCGAUACGUGUCUGGAGUUACAAAAGCAAGGAACAAUGAGAGAUCCCGCAACCGGUUACGAAAUAGAUGCUUCUGAUGAAAUAUUGGCAGCUCAGGCCUUUUUCUUCUUUGUUGCUGGUACAGACACAUCAGCAACAGUGAUGCAUUUCGCUUUACUUGAACUAGCUGCAAACCAAGACAUUUUGAAAAGACUCCAUAAUGAAAUUGAUAAAGCUUUUGAUCAAUGCAAUGAGAAAUUGACAUAUGAAGAUGUAGAAAAAUUAGAAUAUCUAGACAUGGUGGUGAGUGAGACGAUGAGAAAAUAUCCACCGAUUGGUGCAAUCCAAAGGCGCUGUACAAAAUCUACAGUUUUACCUUAUGGUCAAGUGCCAGUAAAUUCAAGAGAAAUUAUUGUAAUACCAGUAUACGCUUUGCAUAGAGAUGAAAGAUAUUUUCCUAACCCAAACCUAUUCGACCCAGAACGAUUUGCACCUGAAAAUUUGUCGAAAAUCGUCAAAUUCAGUUAUUUACCGUUUGGUGAAGGAAACCGUAUGUGUAUAGGUACAAGAUUUGCUCGAGUACAAGUGAAGUCUGGGUUAGCUUGGCUUCUUCGAAGAUUUACACUGAAAGAACAGAAAUAUGAACCGAACUCGUUCGAUCCAAGUUUCUUUAGUAUUAAACAAUUCCAAGCGAAUUUCGAAUUUAUUCCUAGGAACUAAUUAAAUACGUCUGUUUAGUUUUAUUUGCUGUAAACUUUAACAAAUUUUAAUUGUAUAGAAAACUAAUUUACCUUUGUUUUAUAUUUUGUUUAAAAUGUUAAUACUUUAAGUU